AUGCCACCCAGCAAUAUGAUCUGGCAUUGUGUAGCACGAAUCCCGCUUUCUAGCAGCCCACAAAAUAGCACCAUGCCACCCCCUUCUGACAGCUGGCACUGCACAAAAUAUUUGGAGCAUAUACCAAGUGCUAGCGAGCAAUUUUGGAAAAAGUUCAUCAUUAUAAUGGCGUGGACGAUCAUAGGACUUACUAUUAUUGUUUCAUUCAUCACCAUCGUAGCCUUGAUAGCCAAGUUUAUCCAUGAUCGCAAGGAGAAUCAUGAAUGGGAGAACAAUGUAAAGACAAAAUUUAAGAAGUUGUUGACAGAGAAGGAAAGACAAGAGAAUAAAAUCAAGGCAGAAUGCCAGUCAUUGUUGACUAAGAAUUCUGGUUAA